AUGAAUUCACUACUAUCAACCUUCCUCACUGUUCUCACCAUGGAGACAAAAUCAACCACGGAUGUCUUCAUGUGCAUCCCACCCGAAGACGCACUAGAGGUUGCACGCGGUAGGAAAACCAAUGUAUACCGCACCUAUCCCCUCCCAGCCACCGUCCGCCGCAUCUGGUUCUACACCACCGCUCCACUACAGUAUAUUGAGUAUGUGGUGUGUAUAUCACACAAUGAAGCUGAAUCCAACACAGACAACAAGCCACCCAGGUACGCUUACAAGAUUCGCCAGAUAUGGAUGUUGAAGCACCCUAUUCAUCUCCAUCAGGCUAUCACGCGCGGUAUAUUCAAAGCUCCCCCGCCAAAGUACUGUUGGGCGACUGAGAGUUUCUUAGACAGCUGUCCUUUCUAUCGACAGUAUCCAGUACGGGGUCCGACGGAAAUCAUGUGGUAA